AUGGACCCGGAGAUCUUGGUCCAUGUCGCUGCACCUAGUGCCAGCACCGACGACGCUCGCUAUCGUGCCCAAGUCGCGGCCAUCCUGCACUUCCAGAGGGCGUCGCGACAGCCGGUGUGGCUGGGGUUCGACAGCGACAGUCCCGACGAGCGGGAUGAUCGUCAACGCCAUGACAAACACCUCCACUCCUCUACAGAGGUCAUCUCCGUCCCGUCCUCAUUGCUCAGCCAGCCUCAGAGGGCACGAUCAUCAGGGCCCAGCGAAUGCAGGCGUGCCGUUUCCCCAUACAUCGGCCGGAGUGGCCGUGUCACUCAGCCACAGGCCCGUCUUUCUGAUGCAUCCACUCAAGAUGGCCAUACAUCAGACCCCCGCGAAGGUGUCCAGAACCGUCGAGAAUCAUUGGAGAGCCUCAUCAGUGUCAUCCCUGACUCUCAGCCAGAGAUCCUGGCCGAGUCGGAUUCCGCCGCACGCCUGCACUCAGCACCCUCUUCACAAAGCAGCGCGGAUCUCCCCGCGCUCAAACGCCGUCGUAUACAGCCAUCGUCCCCAGCCCAGCUGUCAGUCAAGGCCAUCGCACCUCCCAGAGCUAGCUCGCCGGUAUUUAAGCAGUCUACCGGCAAGCAACCAGCAGGCCAGAGACACAAUGGCAUCCCAACCCAGUCCCUCGCAGAUAGGGCGACAUAUACCAACCUCACGACUCUCCCACUAGAAAUCCACCCCCCACCACCCCCAAUUUCCAACACCCACUUCACAACCCACAUAACACCAACCCUCUCCAUGCUAGCAGAGCGCCUCAAGCCAUCCCGCACUUACAAGCCCGUUCAGCAAGCGCGGGAUCUAGAGAAACUAGAACGAGGACAUUGGGUGGUUCACAUCAACAUCCUCGAUCCACCAGAAGAACAGCAAGGCCAGCAACAGCAACAGCAAAACCCCGAUCCCACACGGAAGUCGUCUGCACAUCGACAUGACUGGGACGCUGCGCUCUUCCAUCGCUUCUGGACAUUCCUCUCCGACUUCGUUGCGAGAGAUGCGCGUGCAGGCUGGGGGGUGUGGUGUAUCCUGGAGAAGGCAGAGAAAGAUACACAUCCAUCCCUCCGGUCUGGAGGAGAUGUUGCGUCUGCGUUGUCAAUGACGCCGGUCUCACUGAAGGUGUACGCAUGGGGCGAGGUCGCGGUGCAUGUUUACCUCCUCCUGUUCCUGGCGAGUGAGCGACGCAUUCGGGGGAUGGGUGCGCAGUGGAGGGAUGCCCGUGGAGAGGUGAUUAUUGAAUUGCCGUGA